AUCACACACGAACACUGAUUCUUAAUAUUCAUAUUUGUUUUUCUUCUCUAUUCUCAUGGCUUCCUCUUCUUUUUCAUAUGGAUUCACCUUUGAUGUCUUCCUCAGUUUCAGAGGCUGCGACACUCGUUACGGUUUUACUGGAAAUCUCUACAGAGCUCUAUCUGAUUCAGGAGUCCGCACCUUCCUUGAUGAUAGAGAGCUUCAAGGAGGCGAUGAAAUUAAAACAUCACUUUCUAAGGCCAUUGAAGACUCUAGAAUUGCCAUUCUUGUCUUCUCUCUCAACUAUGCUUCUUCUUCCUUUUGCUUAGACGAACUUGUCCAUAUCAUUCAACACUUUACACAAAAUAAUCGUUUGGUUUUGCCCGUUUUCUAUGGCGUCGAUCCUUCUGCCUUGCGACAUCAAAUUGGAAGUUACGGUGAAGCAAUAGCUAAGCAUGCAGAGAGGUUCCAAAACAACACGGAGAAUAUGGAGAGGUUGCAAAAAUGGAAGAUGGCUCUUAACCAAGCAUCUAACUGGUCAGGCUACAGUUUUCACAUUGGGAAUGAAUAUGAAUACAAUUUAAUUGGGGAGAUAGUAAAAAACGUCACCAACAAGAUUAGUCGUGUUCCUUUGCAUGUUGCGAAUUAUCCUGUUGGACUCCAAUUUCGAUUACAAAAAGUAAAUUCACUUUUUGAUGUUAGAUUUGAUGAUAAAGUCCAAAUGUUAGGGUUAUAUGGAAUUGGAGGAUUGGGAAAAACAACACUUGCCCGAGCAAUUUACAAUUCCAUGGCCGAUCAAUUCGAAGUGUUAUGUUUUCUUCAUAACGUGAGAGAAAAUUCAGCUAAACAUAACUUGGAACAUCUCCAAGAGAUGAUCCUUUCCAAAAUAAAGGGACAGGAAAUCCGGUUAGGAGAUGUCAGCGAGGGAAUUCCAAUCUUAAAGCAAAGGCUACAUCGAAAGAAGGUUUUGUUGGUUCUCGAUGAUGUUGAUGAAUUGAAGCAGUUGCAGGUUUUAGCCGGAGGACUUGAUUGGUUUGGUCUUGGGAGUGUAGUAAUUAUUACCACUCGAGACAAACAUUUGUUAGCAAAUCAUGGGAUUGAAAGAACAUAUGAAGUAGAUAAGUUAAAUCAAGAAGAAGCUCUGGAAUUGUUGAAGUGGAACUCAUUUAAAAAUAAAACAAUUGAUUCAAGUUUUGAAGGCAUUUUAAAACGUGCAGCAACUUAUGCUUCUGGACUUCCAUUGGCUUUAGAAGUAGUCGGUUCCAAUUUGUUUGGAAAGAAUAUAGGACAAUGGAAAUCUACAUUGGAUUGGUACGAAAAGAUUCCUAACAAAAAGAUCCAAGAGAUACUGAAGGUAAGCUAUGAUGGUUUGGAGGAAUAUGAGCAAAGUGUUUUUCUUGACAUUUCUUGUUGCUUCAGAGGCUUUGAGUUGUUGGAGAUUGAAGAUAUACUUGAAGCUCAUUAUGGGGACUGCAUGAAGCAUCAAAUUGAAGUGUUGGUUGAUAGAUCUCUCAUAAAGAUCAGUCAGGAAGGUAAACCUGGUAUUGUGACAUUACAUGACUUGAUUCAGGACAUGGGGAAGGAAAUUAUUCGACAAGAAUCACCCAAAGAGCCUGGUAAACGCAGCAGGUUGUGGUUCCAUAAAGAUAUAGUUCAUGUUUUAGAAGAAAAUUUGGGAACAGAUAAAAUUGAAAUCGUAUAUCUGGAUUGCACCUCGGAUGAAAUAGUAAUUGAUUGGAAGGGAAAGAGCUUCAAGAAGAUGAAAAAUCUCAAAACACUUAUUAUUAAACAAGGUUGUUUUUCUAAAUGUCCCACAAGUUUUCCAAAUAGUUUGAGAGUAUUGGAAUGGCAAAGAUAUCCUUCACGGUAUAUACCAACUAACUUUUGUCCUAAAAAACUGAUCAUAUGUAAGUUACCCAAUAACUGCUUGACCUCGUUGGAAUUGGCUAGCUUUUUGAACCAGAAGUUAACGAAUCUCAAAGUUUUGAACUUUAAAGAUUCUGAAUAUUUAACGCAUAUACAUGAUAUAUCGGGCUUAUCAAAUUUAGAGGAAUUAUCGAUGGAAAAUUGUAAGAAUUUACUUACAAUCCACAAUUCUGUUGGGCACUUGAACAAACUCAAAGACUUGAAUGCUAAGGGUUGCAUCAAGCUCCAGAGUGUUCCACCCUUAAAGUUGAUCUCUCUUCAAAAAUUGAAACUUUCAGGUUGUGAGAGUCUUAAAAGUUUUCCAGAAAUAUUAGGAGAGAUGCAACAUAUAACAUUCAUUGAAUUGCGUGAAACUUCCAUAGAAGAAUUUCCACUUUCAUUUCAAAAUCUCACUGGCCUUUGCCUUUUAGAAAUAGUUGGAAAUGGAAGAGUUAGAUUGCCAAAAGAAAAUGAUAAAUUCAGUUCUGAGAUGUUUUCAAAAGUGAGAUCUCUACACCUCUUUAACUCCAACCUGUCAGAUGAAUCUCUUCCAAAAUUUCUUACUUUAUUUGCUAAUGUGCAAAAAUUAGACCUGUCGGCGAAUCAUUUCACAAUUCUUCCCGAAUGCCUCAAAGAUUGUGACUUUUUAUAUAAGCUUUGUUUAGAUGAUUGCAAGAAUCUGAAGGAAAUUAGAGGAAUUCCACCGAAUUUAAAAUAUUUCUCUGCACAAUCUUGCGUUUCUUUGACAUCAUCAUCUAGAAGGCUGCUAUUAAAUCAGGAAUUGCAUGAGGCUAGAGGCACCUACUUCUAUUUUCCUUCAGGAACCGAGAGGAUACCAGAGUGGUUUGAGCACCAACGUAAUGGACCUUUAAUUUCUUUUUGGUUUCGUAACUACCUCCCUUCCGCUGCUCUCUUAUUUUUGACUAAGUUGAAGCAUGGGGCUGACACGUCGGAUUGCUUAGCAAAAAUCAAAAUGUUCAUCAAUGGCUAUAGAUUUAAUGAGCUUAUGUUUUUAAUUAGGCCCGAGAUUCAAUCGGGGCAUGCCUAUCUAUUUGAUAUGAACCUGCAUAGUUGGGUAUACCACGGAUCUAGUUGCGGAAAUAAAAACGAGAAUAUCUGGAGCAUGAAAUUCGUACUAGAGGAAGCACUUUCAAAAAAUGAGUGGAACCAUGCCGUGGUUAUAUGCACCCAUGAGAUGAAGGAUUUAUUGCGCAUAGAAAGUGGAAUCCACAUAUUCAAAGAGAAAAAUAGCUCGGAGAAUAUUCGAUUUAGCAAUCCUUAUAAGAAGAGUAGAUUUGUAGAUGCAUAGACUAAAAUGGAGUUUCAAAUUUAGACACAAAUUUGUAUUCAUGUAUUGGCAGGUCCUCAGUGUUCACUAAUGCACAUACUUUGUUAAUGGAUGCA